AUGCCCUCGACGGAGAUUGACUUUACUCCAGCAAAGGAUGCUCUUGACAACAGUGAGGUAUUUGAAAGUGAUGGACGUUGUAUCGUAUCAUCUUCCCAAGGUCUUCUUCUUUUGGACAUUCAAGGUGAGUUGAGUCUACCAGAAGAAGAAUAUCCUGUCGCGACACCAACGGGCUGCGAAUACAUCAGCGUCGAUAAGAUCUACAAGGCAGUGAAAUUUGGGUAUUUAGAGUUCGAUGAAAUAAAUAAGCUGAGAGUCACACUAAUCAUAGGCAAAUCUCAAAGAUUGCUCGGAAAAAUUGAGGACCUUCCGAAACCUAUGGGUGUUCUCAGAGUGCCGGUUUCCAAGCAGGACGAGCAGAAUACUGAGUCGGUCGAAAUUCUAGACGUGAUAUAUAAGAAGCUUCUAUUUGAUAUGCGUCCCCUACCUAUAAUGUGA